AUGAAUUGCCUCAGCUGGAACUGUCGGGGGCUUGGGAACCCCCGAACAAUUCGGGAACUUCACCACUUGGUGAAGACAAAGGUCCCAAACUUUGUUUUCCUCAUGGAAACAAAGUGUAGAAGAAACAAAGUGGAAAAAAUUAGAAACCAGAUUGGCUUUCAUCAAAGUUAUGUAGUAGACAAUAGGGGUUUAAGUGGUGACCUAGCUUUCCUUUGGAAAGAUGGACUAGAAGUUGAGUUGGAAACCUAUACCAGAUGGCAUAUAUCCUUAUCUGUCAAACUACCAGAAAUAGAAAAUGGGGUAACCCUCACGUGGUUUUAUGGCAGCCCUGAACCUUCUAAGAGGAGGGGCAGUUGGGAACUACUUAGAGCUCUGAAACCACAGAAUACUAAUGCAUGGUUGUGCCUCGGUAACUUCAACGAAAUCAUGGAUCAAAGUGAAAAAUUAGGAGCAGCAGAGAGACCUUAUUGGCAGAUGGAGAACUUCAGAGAAGCUGUCGAGGAGUGUGACCUCAGUGAGAUACACUUUCACGAGGAGGGGUUUACGUGGAAUGGGAGAGAUGAAGAGACUAGAGUACAAAGAAGACCUUUCAAAUACGAAGCCAGCUGGGGGUGCAGAGAAGAUUGUGCUGAAAUCAUUUCUAGAGUUUGGACCAUGAAUCCAAUCCACCAACCAAGUGUUCAAGAGCUUAAGGCCAUCCAAGAGUCCAACGUGGGAGAAGAUAAUGUGAUCAUAAGCAACCUGAAGAAAGACAUAGACAACCUACUUGAAGAGGAAGACUUGAAAUGGAAACAAAGGGCAAAGCAACAAUGGCUUAAAGAGGGUGAUAGGAACACAAGCUUCUUCCAUAAAUGCGCAAACCAAAGGAGAAAAGUCAACACAAUCCAGAAAAUUAUGGAUGAAAACGAAAGUCCAGCUAGCACACCAAAAGAAGUGAGCCAAGUCUUCCAAGGUUAUUUCCAGAACCUUUUUACCUCAUCAAAACCUGAGAACAUUGAGGCAUGCACUCGACACCUUCAAUCUCCCAUCACGAAUUUAAUGAAUGACUCCCUUACAAGGAGAAUCGAUAGAGCAGAAAUCGAAAAGGCUGUUUUCAGCAUGAAAGGCUUAGGAUCUCCAGGACCAGAUGGGUUCCCUACCAUCUUCUAUCAAAACCAUUGGGAGGUGGUCAGUUCUCAAGUGUGUGCUGUAGUACAGAAUGCAUUCCAGUCUAGUUGCUGGCCAAGGGAGUUUAAUGCCACUCAUAUAGCCCUUAUCCCAAAGACCAAAAACCCAACAAAAGUCACAGAGUACAGACCGAUCAGCCUCUGCAAUGUGAUCUACAAAAUACUUGCAAAAGUCCUAGCAAACAGAUUAAAGAAAUUUCUGCCUUCAGUUAUCUCCCAAGCACAAAGCGCUUUCGUACCAGGAAGGCCGAUUACAGAUAACAUAAUUGUAGCUUUUGAGGCACUUCAUUCCAUGCAGGGCAGAUUGAAAGGCAAAGAGGGCUACAUGGCACUAAAACUGGACAUGAGCAAAGCAUACGACAGGAUAGAGUGGGUUUUCUUGGAAGCAGUAAUGAGGAAAAUGGGGAUAACGCAACAUUUCUGGUGGGGACAGAAUAAUACAAGGAAAAAGAUUCAUUGGUGUUCGUGGGAAAAGGUGGGGCUAGCAAAAUCAGGUGGUGGAGUCGGCUUUCGAAACUUUGAGAAUUUCAACUUAGCUAUGCUAGCAAAACAAGGGUGGAGAUUGCUUCAAAACCCUACAUCGUUGGCAGCUCAAGUUCUCUCUUCGAAGUACUUCCCGGAUGGUGCCAUGCUCAAAGCUAAACUAGGAAAUAACCCCUCACUCAUUUGGAGGAGUAUCAUGGCUGCAAAACCACUUCUUGAAGAGGGACUCAUAUGGAGGAUCGGAAAUGGAUGCUCCACUAAACUUUGGCAUGACAGGUGGCUGCCAUCACCAAUAUCCUUCAAAAUUCAGAGUAGAAUCAACACACUUGAGGGUGAGGCAAAGGUGGCAGAAAUUAUUGAGUAA